GUGUUCUGUCAAAUUCUAUGCUGGUUUAAUGCCUGGACACUCUGUGCUAUGCUAUUUCUCUGUUGUGUCACCUACUACUUGAUUAUCUUCUCUCUUUUUUUUCUCCUUUAUUAAGGAUUACCAAUGUUCAGCUGAUUUUAUUCUCUAUAAUUUACCCUGAAAUCUGAAGUCCAAGACAUUUCUAUGAUGCUUGGAUCUCUGUCGGGAAGGACAACAAGGUCCCAAGCUCUGUUCUUCUUUGGAAGGUGCUUCCUCAUUCAUGGUCUUCUGCCCAGAAGGGAGAUAAGAUGCCUUGCAAUAAGAGAGAGGCAAUAGGAGGACUAACACUGGCAAGAAAGGCUCUAUGUGGUGUUGAACUAGUAAUCAGAGCAACACAAAUGUAGAGGAGCAGUGACCUAAGAGAUUGGAUGGCUUCAGUUCCAACAACAAGUUCCAUCUGAUUGGAAUAGAUCCCCUUGGUUGGACUAUUUAUUAACAAAUAUAUGUGUACUCUCCUGCCCAUUUGGGGCUGGAGAAGGAACAACUUGGCCCGUUAUGACAAUCAAGGGCAUGGGCCCUUUCUGUCUCCUGCUUAUUGAGAAAAUUCCCCAACAACCCCCCUCUCCGUUGGCCUUUUGAAAAUGAGAAUCUGAUUUUCACUUAUUUCCUACGAAGUCCUUUGUUUGAUGGAAUUGUUGUACCAUUAAAAUGGGGCAAUAGGCUCCAGAUUGGUUGAAACACUAUCUAGAAUUGCUGUAGAAGCAUUAGGUGGAUCAUGCUAACGGUGCAUGUGAGUAACCGCUUGAGAUGCCUGGUCACCUCACAAUCAGAAGGUAAGAUACAUGCUUAACUUGUGCUCAUUGAUACCAGUAUUAGAACUCAAGGACUCAUGUGGAUCGGCAAGGAGCUAGAAGAGGGACAGGUGUAAUUUGGGAGCACCUUUAACAAUUCCAGAUUGAUAGGCCAAGGAGGGAGUGGUUCUCAGCUCCUUAUGUCUUGAUAUGGUUGAGUACUUCAAUAAGAAAGCCUCUAUACCUGGAAGUAUUCCUCUUGGCAGCUUCAAUGCCAUGUUUAAUUUCACUGGUUGCCGACAAGUUGAUGCCGCAGCUACAAGAUCCCUUGCCAUGGAUGGAUAUUUCAUCACACUUUUUGAGGUUCGAUUGGCAAAAGCGCCAUUAGUCUUGCGGAAAGAUGUCAAAAGUUCGGUCCCUCAAACAUGGGAACCGUCAUCAUUAGCAAGUUUCAUUGAGAACUUUGGAACCCACAUAGUUACAUCUGUGGCCAUUGGCGGUAGAGAUGUUGUUUAUGUCAAGCAGCACCAGUCAUCACCUUUGUCAUCAGCUGAGAUAGAAAAUUACAUAAAAGAUAUUGGGAACCAGAGGUUCUGGGACUUGGAAAGCCAUCCUGUUUCAGGUCCACUAAAACUGAAGGACAAGGUUGCAGAUCCAUCUAUUUUAAAUAACCAAGAAAUACACCCUCAACCUUCUACUGCUCCAUAUUUGAGUGGAAAAGAAGAUGUUACUGUGAUUUUUAGGAGGAGGGGAGGUGAUGAUCUUGUUCAGAGUCAUCACAAGUGGGUGACGACUGUGUAUUCUACACCCGACGUUAUAAACAUGAGUUUUUAUCCCAUCACUUCUCUAUUGGAUGGGGUGCCUGGAGCAAAGCAUCUAACCCGAGCAAUUGAGCUUUACUUGGAGUAUAAGCCUCCUCUUGAGGAGCUGCAAUAUUUCUUGGAAUUUCAAAUUCCACGUGCAUGGGCUCCAUCACAAGGGAAUUUUCCUGGAGUUCAACGAAAGGAACCUGUUUGCCCACAUCUGCAGUUUAGCUUAAUGGGUCCAAAGCUUUACGUUAGCGCAGAGCAGGUCUCAGUAGGGCGCAAGUCUGUGACUGGCCUCCGCCUUUCCCUAGAAGGGAUCAAGCAAAACCGGCUCUCCAUCCACCUUCAACACCUCAUCUCACUCCCAAAGAUACUUGAACCCCAUUGGGGCCCACACAUGGCCAUUGGGCCUCCCAAAUGGCACGGCCCAGAAGAGCAAGACAGCCGUUGGUUUGAGCCCAUCAAAUGGAAGAACUUCUCUCAUGUGAGCACAGCACCCAUAGAGAACACCGAGACAUGCAUAGGUGACCUCUCUGGGGUCCACAUAGUAACUGGGGCCCAGCUUGGAGUGUGGGAUUUUGGUGCCAUGAAAGUGUUGCACUUGAAACUCUUGUUUUCUAGGGUACCAGGCUGUACUAUUAGGAGAUCAGUUUGGGAUCGUAGCCCUUCUAAAAGCAUGAAGUCCGAGUCCUUGAGUCCUGAGGAUGCUUCUUCUUCGUCUGAUGGCAAGAAGUUGGAGAAUUCGGAUGGACAAUUUAGGAAAUUGGUGAAAUAUGUGGAUCUUUCAGAGAUGACCAAAGGGCCACAAGAUAUGCCAGGGCAUUGGCUGGUAACAGGGGCGAAGCUUGGUGUCGAGAAGGGGAAGAUUGUCUUGCGUGUAAAGUACUCGUUGCUCAACUACUGAGAUUGGGUUUCCUGGGUGUUUUCUUGUUUCUGUUCUGUUAUAUCUUUAAUUUUAUCUUAUUUCCAUUCAUUUUCCUUUUGGGGUGGUUUUGGUGGUAUGUCCAAAUCAUUCUUUUCUCACGGUUUACGAGUUUGUUUUGUAAAUUCUUCUAGUGAUUGAUUGACGUCAUGAGUUUGUGUUUUUUGGGAUGUAUGGUAGGUCGGUGUAUUUUCUUUCUUUGUGGAUAUCGAUCUGUCUAAUUAUGUAGUCUAAUAAAUAUAUAUUCCAAAGUUCAGCGCAUUGGUUCA